AUACUCCAUUUUCCCACAAAUCUCCUCCACACCAAACCUCUCUCUCUCUCUCUUUCAUAUCAUAAGAAGAAGAAGAAGAAGAAAGAAAAACAUAAUAAAAAUCAGAAAAUGGAGGUUUCCACGAGAAAGCCUUAUUUCAUAGAAGAAGAAGACGAUGGAUUGGUUUCUCUAGCUGAGAUGGAAGCUGGAGUUUCGAGUCCUUCUUAUUACAGAAACAUGACGAAGAUGAAUCAGUACCAUCAUCAUCAGAGUUAUUACAAUUACCAUCAGUACUCUGUUUCAUCACCCAGAUCUGUUGUUGUUUCUGGAAAAUUCAAUGAUUUUCGAUUCGACAACAGCUCUUUCAGACAACAACCACUUCCUCAUUUCUUGGACUCUUGUUUCCUCUGUAAGAAGCGCCUUGGUGAUAACAGAGACAUCUUCAUGUACAGAGGAGACACACCGUUUUGUAGCGAAGAGUGUAGAGAAGAACAGAUAAAGAGAGACGAAUCAAAGGAGAAGAAACAGAAUCUGUCUUCUUCUGUGAAAGCUAUGAGGAGAAAUGAAAAACGAAGCUCGUCUUCUUCUCCAACUAGAUCUCGUGACUAUGCUUUUCACACUGGAACUGUUGCUGCUGCU